UCUGCCAAAAAAAGAGAAAGGAAACCAAUUUAAAAAACAGUCAGAUGUAACAGCAUAAUUUUAAGGGCAGUGCCGGUGGCGGGUCCCCCUCUGUAACUCUGCACCGGGAUGGGGAGGAGAAGGGUUUGGGAGGAGGGAAAUAGCAGAGGAACUCAGUGAGUGAAUGAAGAAAGCUCGGAGCAAGACGUAAAUAAUAAUGUGGACACUGCUCUAUGGAUUAGUACACUACACACAGACUCAUGGAUCUAGCUGCUGUCUGGACUCUUUAAGAGUAGAGAAAUGGAUCCUAAUGUGUCAGAUAAUUCUGACAGUCCAGCCGACAUGGAGCGUAUGAGCCGGAAUAAAGUGGAGCAUGGGCGACAGACGCACCAGGUGUUACAGAGCACACCUUUAGACCUGAUUGAGACGGGCAAGUCCCUAAAAGUCCAGGCAGAGCGCCCCCACUUGGUUAGUUUGGGAAGUGGACGUUUGAGCACCGCCAUCACCUUGCUACCACUGCUGGAAGGGAAAACCACGCUGGGCAGUGGGGAGACAGAUAUCCCUCUGCAGGGCCACGGCAUUGCAGCUCAGCACUGCUACAUUGAAAAUCAUGCAGGCAGCAUCACCCUGUACCCAUGUGGGAACCAGUGCUCUGUAGAUGGCCUUCCCAUCACCAAACCCUAUCGCCUGACACAAGGCUGCAUGCUGUGUUUUGGUCAGUCGGCCUUUUUCCGCUUCAACCAUCCAGAGGAGGCCCUGCGGAUGAAGAGCAUGCUGCCUGGAGGGAGUCAGGGACGGAGCACCACAAGAACUCAACCCACUGACUCGAGCGUUCUGAACGGAAACCAUCAGUCUCUUUCAAGCAAUGGCGACUCCAAAAUCAACAACAUAGCAAAGAACCUCCAGGACUCUUUGGUGUUGAAGGCUGGAUCUGGUAAACAGCCCAUUCAUCAGCCCUCUCCUCCAAACAUGCUCAAUGGGAGGAACGGCUCCACGACAGAGGACUCCAUUAGUGAAAACAGCAGCAGCCUUCUGAGCCAGAACCUCGGCAGAAAAACCCCUCCAGUACCAGCCCGGUCCCCUCAUACCAACCACGCUCCAGUCCCCCAUCCACGGACCUCACUCUCUGUGGCCCCGAGUGGUACAAGUGGUGGUAAGAGGGCCAAGGAGAGCCCAAAGCUUCUUAGGAACAAAAGAGCGGAGGCCAGAUCAAGCCCAACAUCGCCUAGCAGGGGGUCAGGACAGGGCCAAGAAAACUCUAACCGAAGUCGCACAGCAUCCCCUGUCAAAUUUUCCACAACAGCUCCAUCCAGUCCUCGAGUAAGGGGCUCUUCCCUGCAGAAGAGAUCACCCAGCCCCAUGAGGACUCCAGAGCCGGCUGGUGUCACCAGCUUGAGAGAACUUCCUCCUCUUAGCCCUUACAUGUCCCGCAGAGGGGCUCCAGGAUCGCAGGGCUCAGCUUCCUCCCUCGCCUCACAAAGCUUCCCAGUUAAACCUGAGGGUCCCCAAGGCCACCUCAAACUUACUACUUCGAAAGCAGAAGCCAUGAGGGCACUGUAUGCCCAGGGUCCACCACCACUCUCUGGGCUGGAGAAGGAGCCCGGAGGCAGGCAGUUGAGGUCUGGCCUGGGUUCUCUGUCUGGUUCGUCUCCUCUCGCGAGCCCUCGUAACCAAAGAAAGACCUCCAGUAUGACCACGACAGGAUCCUCCAGCAAGGAACAGAGUCUUGUAAAGCCAUAUACUCGCGAACGCAAGAACAGCAUCUCUGAAAUUAGCGACAAUGAGGACGACUUGCUGGAAUACCAUCGCUGGCAGAGAGAGGAGAGGCUGCGAGAGCAGGAGAUGGAGAAACUGGAGCGACAGAGGCUGGAGACCAUCCUCAAUCUGUGUGCGGACUAUAAUCACGAGGACAGUGCUGCAGAGCUGGCCGAGGUGGUGAGGAGCGGGCUGCUGGGGGGCGCUACGGGGACCUGCUCGGACACAGCGGGGGGGAUGUCCCUUCAGGACAGAGCCCAGCGGGGGGGAGAGAACGACGAGGAAACACAGAGAGAGGAGUCAAGCAGCACAGAGAGCACACAUCAAGAGUGUGAAGAGCUGUUAGCCGGUCAGGAGCAGGUCUACCUGGAGGAGGAGAGGAGCAGGAUCUUGGCCAGGGUUGAUGACUUGAAGCAUCGAGUCAGUGAACUGGAGCUGCAGCUACAAGAGACCAAACAGGAGGUGGAGAUGGAGCAAGCCCUGCUGCAGGCAGAGAGGCGGGCAGAGCAGGAGCAGGUGGAGGCUGAGAAUGAAAUCAUCUCUCAGCUGCAGCUCAAACUCAGCCAGCUGGACAAGGCCACCCAGAAAGGAAAGGAGAAGGGGAGGGCUAAUGUGUCGGCUGAGCGGAGGGUCCUGGAAAAGCAGAGGAAUGAGUACAAUGAGCUGAAGAGGCAGUUUGAUAAGUGCCUCUUGUCUCAAAGGGAACAGUUACAGGAGCAGCUCAGCAGGAAAGCUGAAGCUCUGGAGUCUGGGACCAAGCAGUUUGAGGAGCUGGAGUUCUGCCAGCUGGAGGAGGAGAGCAGUCUGGAUGAGAAGAAGGAGGCUCAAAGCUCGCAGCUCCUCCAAGAGCGAGCCGAGUAUCACUGCAGCCUGGCCAAGAGGAAGGAAAAGAUGGCUGCUAUGGAAGCUCAGGUGAAGCAGCUGGGGUUACAGGCGGCUCUGGACUGUGAGAGGAUGGCUAGAGACAGAACAGUGACUCUGCAGCUGCUACACAAGGAGCAAGACAGGUUGUGUGCUCUCGAAAAGAGGUACCAAACCCUGACAGGAGGGAGAAGCUUCCCAAAGCCCAACAACAACAUGAAAGAGGACUUUCUUCACAUCAGCGAACCUGACCUUGUCUCUGUGGACGGUCCUCCUAGUAGCCCCUGUCCCUCCUCUGCCUCCUUCUCCUCCUCUCACAUCCCCUCCCCUGAACCCUGUCCUGUUAGGCUGCAAGAGGAGUACCUCAGGCUCUCUGAUGUCUAUAAGAUGUACGGGAAUGCUUCUAUGCAACCUCACUCUUCCUCCCCUGCUGCUCUCCACUGCCUCUCCCUCACUGUCGCUCCAGCUCUGCCAUGUGAGGAGUACAUCACAGUCAGUCAGUUAAGCCAGAUCUUUGGGAUGCAGAGACUCAAUCCCUCCACCUCUUCUUCUACUCCAUCAUUCCAACUUGCCUCUGAAUCUACCUUUUCGUGCCACUCAACUGCAUGUGGCCCUCCCUCCUUUCUCUCUGCACAGAGCCAGCCUGAGCUGAGCAGGAAUGCACUGCCUCCUCUUAACCUUGAGCGCUGGUACCAGGACAUCAUGGCUGCUGGAGACUCUCAGUCAUGUCCUCCACCACUGCCUGCAAAGUCUUUUUCCACACGCAGACACAGUCAGCUACUGAAGUCUAAAUCAGAGGGUGAGGUUGGACAGGCAGCAUCAGGCACACUGCCUCACUCCAGCAGUGCUGCUCAUGAGAAAACUGCAUCCACAAAGGGUUUACAGUUAAUGCUGAGAGAGAUGUCUAACCCAUUAGACAUGGACUCCAGGAGGCAGCUGGCUCUGCAUAGCAGAGAUCUGUCUCCCACAGUCCAUCACUCCAUCCUGCAUCAUCAGUCGCCACCGAGUGGCAACCAAGCGUACGACACCCUGAGCCUGGAGAGCUCCGACAGCAUGGAGACCAGCGUCUCCACCGGUAACUCCGCCUGUACCCCAGAAAGUGCCUGCGGGUUAGAGGCCCAGAGGAUAGAGGAGAUGGAGAAGAUGCUGAAGGAGGCGCAGCAGGAGAAAGCCAGACUGAUGGAGAACCGAGAGAGGGAGGUGCAGGCUCGGCGGCAGAUGUUGGAGGAGGAGCGGAGGAGGCGAGAGGAGGCCGAGAGGAGGCUUCAGGAUGAGACGGCCCACAGGCUGAGGCUGGUGGAGGAGGAGGUGAAGAUGAGAGAGAAACACUUCUCCCAGGCCCGUCCCAUGACACGCUAUCUGCCGAACCGUAAGGAGGAGUUUGACCUGCGCGCCCACGUGGAGUCGUCGGGCCACAGCAUAGACACCUGCCCCUUUGUCAUCCUCACAGAGAAGAUGUGCAAGGGCCACCUGGUGAAGAUGGGUGGCAAGAUCAAAUCAUGGAAGAAACGCUGGUUCGUUUUUGACCGUAUCAAGAGGAACUUCUGCUAUUACGUGGACAAGCAUGAGACCAAGCUGAAAGGACUCAUUUACUUUCAGGCGAUUGAAGAGGUUUAUUACGAUCACCUGCGCAGCGCCACAAAGAGCCCAAAUCCGUCUUUGACCUUCUGCGUGAAAACCCACGAUCGCCUCUACUACAUGGUAGCCCCGUCCCCGGAGGCCAUGAGGAUCUGGAUGGAUGUCAUAGUAACGGGCGCUGAGGGCUACACACAGUUCAUGAGCUGAGGGACCAGUGGGUGGCAGAUUUGGAGGAUGACAGGGACUGAGGGAGCGAAGCCAGACACCUGCGAGCCAACCUGAGCUGCAGAGACAAAGCUGAAAUACAAGACACAUGGCCUGAGUGUGUGACAAAUGGACUUUUUAAGGAAUGAAAAAUCUGGGGCUCUCAUAAAGAGCCUGAUGCCUUCGAGCAAAUGAGGGCUUAGUAAUGACAGAGGUGCAAUGAAAAGAAUAUCUGAGGUGUAUUUAUCUUUCAGCCGCUAUGAAAGGGAAAACAGUUUAAGCAACCUGCCAAUGGAUCUAUGAAAGGAGCUUAAUAAGAUCAAUCAUAUUCUGUUACCAAAAUGUAAUUAAUUACAUUAUCAUUUCUGAGGUUUCAGGAGGAACGCUUAAAUAAGCUCAAACAACUUCCACCUCUGAAGCCGGUGUGUGCAGUGUUAUCACUCUAACCGAUGCCUUUUCCCCCUUUUUUUUUGAUACAUUUGUACUUUUUCUCUUGUUAUUUUUUCUUAGAUGAAAGAACAAUAUCUUGAUGCUUCUAAACAAUUACAGUAAAAUUUAAUAGCAAAUAUUCUAAAAAAAAAAAAUUUAAAAGAGUCAUAUGCUACUUAUGUGAUGAAACAUUUCUUGUUGCCAAAUACUUUACGUAAUGUUUUGUCACAAUUUUACAAUACAAAUGUUAAUAUCACUCUAUAUAUUGUUUUAUUCAAGCAUACGACACAGCAUUAAUCUGUCUGUAUUUUACAUAAAUAUGUCAAAGAAAACCUUCUAUGAGCAUUUUAACAAAAUUUAUAAAUUAUAGUACUAUAAUGAUAUUGUAAAACUACCAUGUACAUGUAA